AUGGACUUCGCACAGGCUAACGGCUUGAACGGCCAUGCAGAAGAUGCCACCGCAAAACCUCUCAACGUCACGAUAGUUGGUGCAGGAAUUGGAGGCCUGUCCGCUGCCAUCUUCCUUCGCCAACAAGGCCACACCGUCACACUCCUUGAGCAGUCCCGUUUUGCCAACGAACUCGGGGCUGCUGUGCACCUCGCGCCAAAUGCCAACGGGCUCUUGCGCCGCAUGGGCUUUAUUCCCGAACACCAUGGAGCUGUGAUUUGCAAGCGGCUCAGUCAGUGGCUACCGAAUGGGAAAGAGUUAUUCAGCGUCGACUUGAAACGGGAUGCAGGGCGAUGGCAGCAUCCGUGGCAGUUGGCACACCGCGUGAGCUUGCACAGCGAGUUGAAGCGCAUGGCUACAAGUGAGGAAGGAAAAGGAACUCCCGCAACCCUGAGAUUGAGAUCCAGGGUUGUGGACGUGGACGCCCAACAGGGCAUUGUCACACUUGACAGUGGCGAGAAGAUCCAGAGCGAUGUCAUUGUUGGCGCGGAUGGCGUGCAUUCACGGACGAGAGCAAAGAUCCCGGGGGCGGAGAACAUGAAGCCUUUCGGCAGCGGCAAAAGUGCUUUCCGGUUCCUCAUUCCGCGGGAGAAAGCACUGGCGGAUCCAGAGACAAGGAAGUUUGCGGAGAAGGAGGGACACUUGGUCAUGGUAUUUGCUCGUGAUCGGCGUGUGGUUGUGUACCCUACUUCAGACAAUACGUUGCUGAACUUUGUCAAUAUCCACCCUACGGCCGAAUCCCAAGUCAAUUCUGAAGAGCCGGGAAGUAGUGAUUGGCAGAAUCAGGGCAACAUCAGCAAGAUGUUGGAAGUGUUCAAGGACUUUGAGCCGGCGAUGAUCAAGUUGUUAAGCAUGGCGGAUGAGGAGACGUUGAAGGUGUGGGAGUUGCUAGAUAUGGAGCAGAUGCCGUCUUGGACGGAGGGAAAGCUGGUGCUGAUCGGCGAUGCUGCCCAUCCGUUUACACCUCACCAAGGCCAAGGUGCAGGCCAAGCCAUCGAAGACGCUGCCUCUCUAGCUGUCAUGCUACCCUGGAACGUUCCUAGAGACCAGAUCCAAGCGCGACUCAAGCUUUACGAGAAAUGUAGGCUUGAACGUGCUUCCAACAUCCAAGAGGUAUCGCGCGUAUCAGGCAGAGACUUAGGUAGUGGACCGCCACCGGAUGCUGCACGCUUCACCAACUACAACUUUGGCCACGACGAAUGGGACUACUCCAGCCAGAUGCUGAGGAAGUGGGAAUGGGAGAGGAAGAAAGGACUCCUCUGGCGCAUGCCUACCGCAUUCGGCCCCAUGCCAGGACCUCGCCAGGACUUUUAUGGUAGGCCGAGAAACGGCUCCAAAGCAAAAUUCACGACUGCCAGCAUGAAGUUCAAGUCUAGCCGAACAGUUCUUGAAAACUUAUUCCCCACUGGAAAGCUUAAAUUUGCGGUGGCCGACACUGCAGCUUAUGCAACUUUUGCCACGACACAGCUGGACAACUUGGAGUGGCUCGGUGGCAGAGGCUACUCACACUUCGGCCUAUACAUCCACGGUGUCCAGUACACCAAAGAGAAUGGUGAAACAGUGACAGGCACAUAUCUGCCCCUACUCUUCGAGAAUUUGGCCGACCCAAUCCUGAGUGGUAGAGAGGAGCUCGGUUUCCCAAAGCUAUUUUGUGACCUUGAAGUGAAGAACGAUCACAAGAACUAUGCCCUGAACGCUAGCUGGAUGUCUUCCAAGUUUGGCAGCUUUACACUGUCCGACCUUAAAGAGCAGACUGCCCCCAAUGGUGAAGGGUCUGCACCGGUUUCCAACGAAGAAGGCAUGUUCUUCCACAAGUAUCUGCCCGCCACUGGCAGUCUUGGCAGCAAAACGCGAGGUCAAGCCGACGCCGAGUAUACCGCUUUCCUGCCGAAUAAUGAGGGUGCCGGUGCCGCCCAGAAGAAGGUUGAAAGAACACUCGUUGCAUCAAGCGCGGAUAUCAAAUUCGACGCACUGGACUGGAAUACUCUGCCCACGCUACAUCAUAUUGUUGACCGUCUCAAGGAGAUUCCGGUGUAUCAGGUUGUGGAGGCGAAGAUUGUCGAGGGUACAGGGGUGAGUGAUGUGAGCGCAGCGUGUCCAGCAGAAUAGACUGCGAGUUGAAUAUACUACAAUAGGUGAC